AUGGUGUGCCAACUUGGUAUUAACGGUUUCGGUCGUAUCGGCCGUCUUGUUUUCCGUGCUGCUAUGGAGAACCCCGAAGUGAAGGUCGUUGCUGUGAAUGAUCCCUUCAUGAACAUCCCCUAUAUGAAGUAUCUCCUCAAGUAUGAUUCCGUACACGGUCAGUUCAACGGUACCAUCGAGGUCGCUGAAAACGCCCUCAUUGUGAACGGUCAGACCAUUCAGGUCUUCGCCGAGAGGAACCCGUGCGAUAUCCCGUGGGGUAAGGCUGGUGCUGAAUACGUUUGCGAAUCUACUGGUGUCUUCACUACUGGUGAGAAGGCCUCUGGUCAUCUCCAAGGAGGCGCUAAGAAGGUCGUCAUAUCCGCUCCUCCUAAGGAUAAUACCCCGAUGUUUGUGAUGGGUGUUAACAACAAGAAGUACACUUCUGAUCUCAAGAUUGUCUCCAACGCCUCUUGCACUACCAACUGUUUGGCCCCUCUUGCUAAGAUUAUGAACGAUAACUUCGGCAUCGUCGAGGGUCUCAUGUCAACCAUUCAUUCCACUACUUCCACUCAGUUGACCGUUGAUGGUCCCGCUAAGGGUGGUAAGGAUUGGAGAGGAGGUCGUUGCGCCGAAGCCAACAUUCAUCCCUGCCUCUACCGGUGCCGCUAA